AUGAACGCGAACAAUGAAAUCUAUGCUAUCAAGCGCGUGUCGCUGGAUAAGACAGACGCGGAGACUAUGAGCGGAUACAUGAAUGAGAUCGGGUUGCUCAAGCGGCUCGAGGGGAAUAAUCGGAUCAUUCAGCUGUUUGAUAGUGAGGUGAAGGCGGGUCCUGGAGGGACAAAAGGGCAUUUGAUGCUUGUAAUGGAAUGUGGAGAGGUUGAUCUAGCAAAGUUGCUGCAGGAGCAGCAGAAGGAACCGAUGAAUAUGGUUUGGAUAUCAUAUUAUUGGCAGCAGAUGCUGCAAGCCGUUCACGUCAUCCACGAGGAAAAAAUCGUCCAUUCCGAUUUGAAGCCCGCAAACUUCGUUCUUGUGAGGGGCCAACUGAAGCUUAUUGACUUCGGUAUUGCAAAUGCUAUCGCCAACGACACUACUAAUAUCCAGCGAGAUCAUCAGAUCGGAACCGUCAACUACAUGUCCCCCGAAGCCAUCGAACUUCCUGACGGCAUGCGGCGGCUCAAAGUCGGUCGAGCCAGUGACGUCUGGUCUCUCGGGUGCAUUCUCUACCAGAUGGUCUAUGGUCACCCGCCGUUCCAGCAUCUUUCUGUAUAUCAGAAGAUGAAGGCCAUCCCCGACUUAGCGCACAUCAUCGAGUAUCCGGACUACAGCAUACCCACCGUCGUGAACAAGGCAGGUGAACGGAAAAAGCUCGAGCAUUUGAAACGACCUGUCAGAGCGGACGUUAUCAAGGGCAUUAAGAGCUGCUUGAUGCGGAAUUCGAAGGAGCGGGCAACGAUUCCUGAGUUGCUUGACCAAGAAUGGUUGGCGAUGAAAGAACCGAAGCCCCGGCUGGCGCAAGACGAGACCAUCAUUAAUCCCUACUACAUGAAGCAGUUGCUUGAGUAUGGCAUUAAAUUGGGCCAGCAGGCUCAAAAUGGCGAGAUAGAUCAGGAAUAUCUCGCCAAAGAAGCAGAGCGCCUGGUAGCAGAGCUCAAAGCCCUCGAGUCAUGA